GUACGUCAACGUUUCCCGAAAGAUGCAAUGUAACCCCUAUAGAAUGUAUGGCGUCUACAGGCCAGGUCUUCCAGUCGGGUGGGAAGUACACACUCACCCAGAAGGCACUCGAUACUUCUUCAGUCGAGCUCGGGUGCGUUUUUUCCUUGCGAAAGCGUGCCCCUGACCCACUGUUCUGUGCAGAGGAUGUAUACGGAAGCAUGGAUCUAUGAUCCACUUAUCUUAAAGGAGAUCGAAGACUUCGCUCAUCGGCUCUGUGAAGAAAUACAGAAGAAUGGUUUCGCCUUGCCAUCAGAUGCCGAACUCGUCCUCGACCUGGAGGUCAUUCCAGACCAUGCGCCAGUCCGAACCGAUCUCGUCACGGGUGAACAGUGCAUACACUAUUGGACAUACUACUUCAUCAAUCCCGCAGAGAGAAUCCUUUUCUGGCUACACCCAAUCGAUAUUCUGGAAGAAAAGGAUGUAGAUCGUGUUAGAUACAUCCAAUCGGAUUCUCAUAUCAAACAUCUGAUCGAGUCGUACUACUGGAAACACAUCGAAUCUUUCCCGGCCGGACAUACCAUUAGCGAAGACCUCAGGAAAGAGGCUCUGAGUACCCUCGUGCAUGCUAACGUAGACCAGGUCACAUCAGCGUCGUCGACUGUCUCGAUGAAGCCCGAUGACAUGCUCAAUUUGACCGAAAUGGUCAAAACAUUGCAAGGACGCCUCAUGUAUCUCUUCGUCCACAAUAGAUACCACUUCUCCUUCGGACAAAACGUAGCAAAAUUGGACCGGUUCAAGAGCAUUUUCGAUGACAAUGCGAAUGGAGGGCCGUCAAAACUAUUUUCCUUCCUCUCUUUAGUCCUGUUCAACGCGCCCAAUGUGCACCUGGAGACUCUGGAACACGCGUGGACGGACGAGUCCAUAAACGAACUAUUCUGGACCAAGUGUAUCGCCAGACUCCAGAAGGACUGGGAAGAGGCGGUACUUACGGCAACCGUGCUACUGAACGCCAAUAUAUCGUUUCUGACGAUCAACGACGUUGAUACUGGCCCUGGGCCGCGGUCAUCGGCACAACUGGCAAGCUAUGUAUCCACGAUCGCUAGCAUUGCCGCGAUUGUCAUAGGCAUGCUGGUCAUCCGCCAGCAUCGCGUUAAGCCCAAGGAAACGGCGACCGACGUUGUGACAUACCUGACAAGUAGAAAGCAUCCACAGCUUGGGUUGGAAGUGCUGGCACUCGUGCACAGCCUGCCGUACGCGUUGCUUAUCGUCGUCUCUUUCAUGCUUGCAUUCGCCUUCGAGAACUUCCGCGUCCUGGACAUCCCCACCAUCGCCGUGGCGACGACGUCAUGGGCCCUCGCAGCUAUCCUGCUGGUCCUGUGUCUGCAUACCAUCUGGGAGGGCGGCGGGUUCUCACUGCGAAAGGAAAUAGGCGCAUUGUACCAGCGGGCAAACAACAACGUCCAGCUCUGGAGGCGUCGCUUCGCGCAGAAGUUGAAGCAGCUUGCGAAUUCAGACUCGCACUCGGUGCCGUCGGUAUCCAGCAAUAUUGCUGUGCCAGGAGGAAUAGAGAUGCAAGGUGUAUGAUGGUGUGGGUUGUUGUCGAUUUAGACCGGUGUGCUUUCCUUCCUUCCUUUCUUUCUUUAGUGGUGGAGCGUUGCGUCCGUAGGACGCUGGGUCUGGCAGCCAGCAAAGCCGUCUCCAGAUACCCCGCUGACGGUCAUGGGGGAUUGAAACCCCGUUGAGUUGUGCUUUCCUUCCCUCAAUGCGGACAUUGGCGACUGUUAAUCAUAUACCCAUUAUGCGUAGUACUUUCGAGAGUUACUGUUUAGCACAAAGAUCCUCUUCCAUGUCAGGGCGACGUGGUAUAACUUAGCCGUAUUGUGCAAUCGAGCUCAUUAUAUUGGUA